CAUUAAACGAGCAGGUGAUAAGGGUACACAGUCCACCGGUACGCCCCUAUUACAAAUGCUCAUAUGUACUCAGGAUAUUGACGUUUUAUGUGGGCAUAAGAAUAACAGAAAGCACUAUAUUGGAAGGUACAAUGACACUGAAUACUUGUUGGGAUGAAACCGAAGUUAAAGACAUUGCAUCACAUUUACAGGAUGGCAGAUUGGUAGAACUUAGCACAUCGUUUCUUAUGCAGUUAAAAAAUUGUUCCGAGCUUGCUGACAAGGGCGGUGGAUUCGGUAAAAUAUAUAUUUCUCGCGAUUCCAUCCCUGGAUUCAAACACCGACUUGUCUUAAAGGAAAUUGGAGGAGACGAUAGGAACAACAAAUCUCACACCCAACUUUUAAGUUCAGUUAAAAAUGAGAAGCUGGCAUCACGCGUCAAACAUUUUGCUAUUGUUCCACUGCUAGCAUACCACGACGACAUUUCGAUUGGGAAAUAUUACUUGAUUUCACCGUAUUUUGAAAAUCAAGACUUGUUCGAUGCAAUACGAUCUGACACUGGGGAACAGAUUCUUCUUGUGUGGAAAACAAGGCUGAAAGUGAUUUACCAGAUAACAUGUGCAAUAGACUAUAUGCACACACCAAAUUCCUUCCGAGGAACCAUUCUUCAUUUGGACAUCAAGUCAAAAAACAUCGUGCUUGACAAAAUGUACAACGCUAGAUUAAUAGAUGUUGGCUUAUCGAGGGAGUCUAAGGCAGGAGGGAAUAUAACGACAGGGCUUUUCUCAGGGACGGAGUUAUACCGACCACCAGGUUGUUACAAACCGAGCCCCUUACUGGAUUAUUAUGCUUUCGGUGUUGUAAUUCGAGAAAUUUUGACCGGUCUUGGUCCUGAUGGAGCUGGACAUGAGGGAGCAGGCGCAACUCCGACACCAUUGGGGCUAUUGGAUAAACGUAAUUUCGAACUUUUGAUACUGAGGCGCAUAUGGAACGUUGAUGUCUGGGAGAAUUUGUCAAAAAUAGCUGAUCGAUGCAUUUCUAGUUGUCACGACGAAAGCAAACAAAUAACGUCAGCUUCAAUGCUCUCGUCAUUGAAGUCCAUUUUAAUAAAAGAAGGACAAAAAGAGUGGACGGUCUUGGGGGACAAUAAGUGCGAAAUAUGUGUGGUAAAUGAACAAUUGGAAACAAAAAACCGUUUUAUUGGCCCAGUAACUGGAAAAUAUCAUUCUUCUAACUGCGCGACACAGAUCAAAACAUGUUCAGCCUGCAUGCGAAACGGGUAUAUAAAUCCAGUUAAGUGUCAUGGGUGCGAUAAAGAUGACGAGAUCAAAGCAAUUAUCGGAGAUGGAUGGGGUGCCAUUUUAAUAGCUGGAUAUGACGAAGACAACAGUUUCUUUCAAAAAGAUGUGAAGGUGUUUGCACAUGCUAUAUCAUCGAAGGUUCUACCAUCAAUGUGUGUUAGCAAUUUGAUAGUAAUUGAUCCUGGAAGUAAUACAGAACGACCCGUGUCAGCAAGGAUUUAUGAUGCGUUUGAGGAGAUGGUCAAACGAGAUAUCCACACGUUGGUGUUCCUUUACUCAGGACAUCACGGGAAAACAGGAUUUCAAGUUGGUUUGAACGAAUAUGUAGGCAUACAACUCAUAAACGACAUGAUACAAAGAUGUACAAACAUUAAAAAAGUCAUAGGGUUUAUGGAUUGUUGCCAACCGGAGGAAAUCAAAGUAAACGCAGAACAGAAACUCAUUCAGUUCAACGCAACAAGUAGUGCGGAUGAGGUCAUAUGGAACAAAGGAAAACAAAGUUAUUUUACCAAGGUGUUGGUACAGGCGUUUACAAUGAAAGCGUCAGGUGGCAAAUGUGAAUUUCCGGGUUGUGAAUGUAAUAUAGAUGGGGACUUCAUAACAAUCGACAAUAUAAAGAAUUACAUUGAGAUACAUAGACAAAACGGACUUCUGCUUCACGCUCCUCAAUGGUUCGUUAGCAAAAUUGAUUGGAUGAAUGAAUACCUUGCAUACAAUUACACAUAUAAAGUUGCAUUUCGUUUUGAAAUUGUACUUCCAAAACCGUUUACGGCAAAACAGGCUCAUGAAGUUUUGGCAACAACUGUUGUAGACUAUCAGGGUAUGAUACAAAGGAUCCUUUUUCUGAAGUUUGCUAACUUAUUGGGAGAACAACUAAAUACACAAGGAAAAUCUAUCACACAUACAAACAAUGAUGUUGAUUUCUUGUGCAUUGUGUAUGAGACGGGCCCCAAAAGUUGUGAAGAGGUAGAUAACAUAGAAUCACUUCUGCUGGCAUGGAACUCAAAGCGUUUGUUGUUCUGCAAGUUACGGUUUUCUCGGACAAGCAAUUUUCAUAAACCGUUUGGUUUUUUCUUGGAAAACGGCAAAUCUGUCCAGGAUUGCAUUUAUGAAAACGGUAAAUCUGUAAAAGAUUACGUGUAUGAAAAGAACGAAUUUGAGAUGAAAGACAUGGAGAAUAUCUUAGAAGAAUUACACGAUAAGCAGAAAAAGUGCGACACACCCGAACACGCGUUAACACAUUUUAUUUUAAACGUGUCUUCAUUUAUAAACUGGUGUAAGCAGACCAAGCUCAAACAUCGAAAAUUACAAAUUCGCUUCAUUGAUCUCUUUGAGGAAUGUUCCAGCUGCGUCGUUCAUCUUUUGUUGAUCGCUCCAGCGGCAGAAAUCCAGGCUGAGCUGGAGAAGGGGGACUACAUGGGUAUGCUGGAGUACAAGAAGGAGGAAGAGACACCUGUAGUCAAGGCUCUUAUACUUGAGUUGAAGCCUAAGGUGGCCACAUGUCUCCUGCCAGGGCUACCUGCCUACCUACUGUUCAUGUGUGUACGACACACUGACUUCAUCAACAAUGAUGAGAAAGUCAGGUCUCUCCUGACUUGCACGAUCAAUGGAAUCAAGAAGGUCGUCAAGAAACACCAUGAUGAUGUAGAGCGUGUGACCCUCUGGCUGGCCAACACCUGCCGGUUUCUGCACACCCUGAAGCAGUAUAGCGGAGAGAAACAGUUCCAGACGGAGAACACCCCGAGACAGAACGAGCACUGCUUGAGAAACUUUGACCUCUCUGAGUACAGACAGGUGUUCAGUGACCUAGCAGUGUGGAUAUAUCAGACGUUGAUCAAAAACAUGGAAGCAACUAUACAGCCGUCUAUAGUGCCUGCAGUUCUGGAACAUGAGGCCAUUGCUGGAUUGACGGGCAGAAAACCUAGCGGUCUGAGAGGUAGAAGUUCCAGUAGAGCAGAGGAUACGAUAGAAUACUCACUGGACAGUCUCAUGAAAUUUAUGAACCUGUUCUUGCGGGUGCUAACACAGCAUGCAGUGGACCCUGAACUGAUCAAGCAGAUCUUCAGACAGGUCUACUACUUCUUGGGAGCAAGCGCCCUUAACAACCUCCUGCUGAGGAAAGACAUGUGCAACUGGUCCAAGGGCAUGCAAAUCAGAUCCAACCUGUCCCACAUGGAGCAGUGGUUGCGUGACAACAAGCUGCAGGAUUCCGGUGCUGGUUCCAGUUUAGAGCCGAUCAUCCAGGCCUCCCAGCUGCUGCAGGCCCGCAAGACAGACUCAGACGUUGACAGCGUGUGUGAUAUGUGCUCCAAACUCACAGUACCACAGAUUGUUAAGAUUUUGAACCUCUACACGCCAGUAGACGAGUUUGGAAAACGUGUUCCGAACUCGUUCAUUCGCAAGAUCCAGCAGAAGUUGAAGGAAAGGGAGAGCACUGAUACCUCGCUCCUCAUGGACCUCAAGUUCUCGUACUCUGUUACCUUCCCGUUCAACCCUUCCAGUAUCGCCCUAGAGACCAUUGAGGUGCCAGGACAGCUUAAUAUAGCAAAACUAGUUGUUAGGUGUUAGCUGCAGCCUGGGAACACUCCUUGAGCAACUUAUUCUUAUAUUAUUUUAUAUUCUGCCAAACGUCACAACAUUGUAAAGUUUCUACAAAUGUUAUGUACCAAGGGGUAUGCAUGGAUAUGUUGUAUGGUGUAUUUGUAUGCCCCACUUCGAAGAAGAGGGGGUAUAUUGCUUUGCACAUGUCGGUCGGUCUGUCGGUCCGUCCACCAGGUGGUUUCCGGAUGAUAACUCAAGAACGCUUGGGCCUAGGAUCAUGAAACUUAAUAGGAACAUUGAUCAUGAUUCGCAGAUGACCCCUAUUGAUUUUAAGGUCACUAGGUCAAAGGUCAAGGUCACUGUGACUCGAAAUGGUAAAAUGGUUUUUGGAUGGUAACUCAAGAACGCAUACGCGACCAACAGGGCGAACUCUGAACAAUAUAACUGAAGCAACUGGUCUGUAAUCCUAAAUCUAUAAUUAUCAGUCCAAUGAAACAUCAUCAUUUGAGUAAAAUACAGUGGAUCAGUAAAAAUAUUAUCAGAAUAUGAGAUUUUUGUGUAUAUUUUUUAUAUUAAAUAUUGUGUUAAUGUUUAAUUUUGUUGAUUAAUAUAAAUAUUAGCAGGACAGGGGAGGUAAA